AUGACGUUAAAGGAAGCUUUGCUGCCCCAGCCGCCUAGCUUUAUGAAGAAGAGGAACUACGAGCUUAAGGAUACACUAGGCGAAGGCACGUUCGGCAAAGUGAUUCGGGCGACAUGGCAUGUUCCUGUAGACCAGGUAGACAUCGCUGAACAUGGAGCAGCAGCUCAGCUCGAUUCUCAGCCCACGACACCCAGGGGUUCACGGCCAGCGACUCCAGUAACGACCUCCCAUGUCGAUUCAGGAAUUCGAAAGGAAGUAGCGCUCAAGGUUAUUCCCAAGAAGAAAGUUAAAGGAAAUGAGGACAGUGUAUGGGGAGAAAUGGAGGUUCUGAAGGGUCUUGACCACCCGAACAUCGUCAAAUUCUACGAAUGGUUCGAAUCGAGGUCGAAAUACUACCUCUCUUUUGAACUCGCUGUUGGUGGAGAGCUUUUCCAGCGGAUCCUGCAGCGAGGCAAGUUUACGGAGAAGGAUGCCGUCGCUGUUGUCAGGUCGAUUCUGUCUGGUGUCAACUACCUCCACGAACAUGACAUUGUCCACCGGGAUUUGAAACCCGAAAAUAUCUUGUAUCGCACGAAGAAGCUGGAUAGCGAUAUCGUGAUCGCAGAUUUUGGAAUCGCAAAACACCUCCACUCUCCUGAUGAGCAGCUUCACUCUCUGGCGGGAAGCUUGGGCUACGUGGCACCAGAAGUCCUCAGCAAAGACGGUCACGGGAAAGCGGUCGACAUCUGGGCAACCGGAAUCAUUACCUACGUGCUUCUCUGUGGCUACUCCCCCUUCCGCUCCAACGACGCCAAAACACUUCUCAAGGAGACGACAGAAGGCAAAGUCGAAUUCCACGAACGAUACUGGAAGAACGUCUCGGAGGAAGCGAAAGCUUUCAUCAAGUCCCUGCUCAACCCGAACCCAGCUGAACGACCCACCGCUGCGCGAGCGCUCGCUGACCCCUGGCUGACCACCCAUGCGCCAUCCACUGCACAUGAUCUCUCCAAUGGUCUCCGCGACAAUUUCAAUCCUCGAGCGAGAUGGAAGUCGGCCAUUGCGUCUGCCAGGGCCCUAAAUCGGUUUGGCAGUUUUGCUGCUGCAGCCGCGGCGGCCGCGAAGGAGAGGGAGCUGAGCAGCUCGGAUAGCCACAUCAGCGCGGAGACGUCCAGUGAGGGAUGGCGGACGCCGACGCGGGAGGAGUCGGAGGAUGAGAACGAGGGGUGGAGGAACUCGGAUACGCUGCCUUCGUCGUCUUCGAUGAAAUCUGCACCUUCCGAGAACCGCUUGGGUGAUAGCUUGCGGAGGGCAGGAGGCGAACUUUCGAAAGCACCGCCAGCGGCCGAUGACGGCCACUCGAGCAUCAAUGUUCGAGUGUUUGCACCAGAACCGGAGGGUCAACCGCCUGCCUCGACAUCGAACGCUACUGCAACACCACCUCCCCCAGUUGGUUCGUCAGAACCGCUGAAAAUCCCGAAAUCCAACUCGAGAUCGAGCUCAAGAUCCAACUCGCCAAGUCGGGGAUCGUCAUGGCGAGACAUCUUCGCACCGAAACUGAAGGAAUACAUCUACACCGAAGAACCUGAGGGCAACCCGGAAAACAGGCGGUCCGUCGACAUGAGGAUACCAGGGUCGUUCGAUAUGUAUGGACCGCACGCAUCAAACAGCGCAAACGGGACGACCUCGAAUGGACAGCAACCACAGCAGCAAAGUUGGAUAGACAUGCUUCGGAGGUUGCAUCUCCAACAGUGA